AAUUCAUACUCCAGUCCAGAAGAUGGAGGUAAUAAUCCUUAAUACAAAAUGCAAAUUCAGCUACACGCACACACAAAAAAAGUAAACCGGAUUAGCAGGACUACAAGUUUAGGAUUUAAAUCGGAAACAUUUUGCAAUGUCUACAAUAGGUCAGGUUAUCAAGUGCAAGGCAGCUGUUGCCUGGGAACAUGGCAAAUCCCUGGUCAUUGAAGAUGUGGAGGUCGCCCCGCCUCAGGCGCAUGAAGUCCGUGUCAAGGUAUGUUCCACAGGUGUAUGUCACACAGACUGGGAAUAUUUGUAUGGUACAGGAGAAGGGAUUGAGAUGAGACCAUUUCCAUUAGUGCUCGGCCAUGAAGGAGCUGGAAUUGUGGAGAGUGUUGGACCAGGAGUCACCAAAUUUUCACCUGGAGAUAAAGUCAUUCCUUUGUUUCUGCCUCAGUGCGGGGAAUGUAAACGAUGUCUCAGCCCUAAAACAAAUCAGUGCCGGAAGAACUGGGACAAAACUCAAAUGGGAGUUUUGGCUGAUGGCACAAGCAGGAUAUCCUGUAAGGGACAACAAGUUUACCAGUUUAUCGGUGUCAGUACUUUCUGUCAGUACACCGUGGUCUCCGACAUCUCACUCACAAAGAUAAGGAAUGAUGCACCACUGGAAAAAGUCUGUUUGCUGGGAUGUGGUGUCUCCACUGGCUAUGGUGCAGCUCUUAAAACUGGCCAGGUCGAGAAAGAUUCCAUAUGUGCUGUAUUUGGUCUGGGAGCUGUUGGGCUGGCAGCUGUUAUGGGCUGCCUCGCUGCAGGGGCCAAGAGAAUCAUAGGGGUCGACAUUAACCCUGACAAGUUUGAAAAAGCUGCAGCAUUAGGAGCCACCGAGUGUGUCAAUCCCAAUGAUUACAGCGAACCCAUUCAGGAGGUGCUGGCAGAGAUGACAGGUGGGGGAGUGGACUACGCUUUUGAGUGUGUUGGAAAUGCAGCUGUCAUGAAAGCUGCGUUUGACUCAACAAUUGAUGCCUGGGGUACCUGUGUUAUUGUUGGCUGGACAGACAGAGAUUUGCUAAGUAUCGAUAUUCUAAAGCUGCUCAUGGGUCGUACAGUGAAGGGCACUUACUUUGGAGGUUGGAAGAGUGUGCAAGAUGUUCCCAAACUGGUGGACGACUACAUGAACCAGAGACUGAAACUGGACGAGUUUAUUACCCACAACCUGACCCUGGACCAGAUCAACCAGGCAUUUGACUUGUUGAAGUGUGGGAAGAGCAUUCGCAGCGUAAUCAGCCUUUGUGAUUCCCAGGAAAAACCUGAAGGGACUUCAUAAGAAAAAUCACACAUUUUAUUCUAUUAACUUCUAUUAACUGUUUUUGGUAGAGUUUUUGGUACGAAACCAUCAUUAUUCUUUGUACUAUUUUUCAGCACGUGGCCAUAUCUACCACUAGAUGGCAGUCUUGUAACAUAAACGAGCCAUUUAUCUACACCCUUAAAUAAACUCUGUUAAAAAUACUCUGUAUUUCCUAUCCUAAUGAAGAUUUAUCAUCUUAUUUCAAAUCUAUAUUGCCAGUUAUUUUCGUAUCUAUUUUAUUUUAUUAUUAUUUUUCAAUAGAAAGUCCUAACCUGUCAGAGUCAGAACCUGUAAUUAUUUCUCAGAAUUGUGGCUCCUCUUGUAAAUGAAACAAACAUGUUUUUCAUUCACACUGUUAUAACUGCCGCAGGAAUUUGUGUCACUGCAGUUUCUUUCAAAUACUCCCAACAGCUUCUAAUUAAAAUAAACAAAUAAAUGCUUUAUUUA